AUGGGAAAAUUCAGUGCAGCAAAUGAAACCAACAGCCUGCGGUCAACAUAUACGGAGAUACAGUUGACUUUCUUGACCGGUAUCUGCGAUGGAGUGCUUGACCCGUGGGAAGCCAACGAACUUGUGCUCGGAGACGUAGUUGUUAGCAAGAGCAUGAUACAAUACGACCUAGAGCGGCACUGCGGCAGUACCCGAACAACGACUUUGUGA